AUGCGACUGGGGCGGCACAUCAUCCCCGCACCUCCCGCUGCCUCGGCGCUCCCCGCUGCAGUUUCCCCUGCCAUCCCGGUCAAGUGGGUGAAGCGGCCGAGCAGCAAGGUGGCGGCCGCGGCACCGACUCCGAAGAAGCCAGCCCCGAAGAAGGCUGCGAAGAAGCUACCGGCGGCGAAGAUGGCGUCGUUGACUGCCUUGACAACGUCGUUGGUGCCUACCCCGAUGGAGCCGGCCGAUGCGCGCAAGGUGGUCAAUGAAAGUCCCGCGGUUGAUGACUCACCGGAGUCUUACAUUGACAUGCUCAACGAUGUUGCCGUCGACAUCGACACGACACCGCUUGCGGACUACGGUGACUAUAACGACAGAUUGGAGGAGGGGCUCAAUGGGGAGGAGUUUGAGGAAGAAGAAGACACCGGCAGCAAGGAAGAAGAUGAAGGGGAGAGUGAUCCGGACCAGCAACUACUCCAAACUUGA